AUGCACCAGUUUGUUGUGGUACAAUUCGACACUUGUCCUACAAUUGGGUCGGAUUUUCUCCUAAACCAUGGAAUAAUCCUGGAUUUGCCUCAAGAACGCUUAAAGUGGAGCGGAGGUGUAGCUGAGCUUUCCACACCACUACGACGAUCGAAAUUUAGUGUGGUGCUGGAUGAACACUUGGAGGGAGCAGAAAAACCAAUAAUCGCUAAAGCUAAAGUUGUUCAUGAAGAAACUGGCAGUGUAGAGCCUGUAACUUGGCUAAUGGAGGCAGAUACCAUAUUUAUUGAGAGGACAAGAGUACAUGUUGCUCGAGCUUUAGUAGAAGUGAAGCAACAGGGUGAUGAAAACAUACCAGUUGAACUAUUACUUCUGGAUGGCCCAAGACGAUUGCUGAAGAGUCCGGAGAAAAAGGCAUCAGAAACACUGAAUGCAGAAUUCUUAAAGCAAUUUGAUUGGUCGGAUUCAGCUCUGAGUACUGAGGAAAGUCUCACAUUACAUCAGUUGUUGAGUGGUUAUGAAGAUCUGUUUUCGAAGGAAACACAUGACAUGGGUAGAACUCAAGUUGCCACUCACACGAUACCAACUGGUUUAGCCAGACCAGUUCGUCAGUUGCCAAGACGAGUACCACAUACUGUUCGACCAGUAGUAUAA